CAUCCCCUACUUUCUCUGUUCCUGAAUGAAACCCAGCCCGUUUGUCCGGCAAUGCCUCGCCCUCCUCCACUCCAAGAACUCGAUCCCGUUCGCUCCCACUACCACCGCCCAGCUUCACGCUGUCCUCCUAACGUCAAGCAAUCUCCAUUACCGCAGCCUUUAUCCCCUCUUCAUGUUGUACUGUGCAUGCGACCGCCCUUCCAGUGCUCGCAAGCUGCUCGCGCAAAUGCCUCAACCAGUACCGGUCUCUUUGGCUAACUCCCUCCUCCGCUCCUACACAGGCCUCGGCCAUUACCGAGAGGCCGUCGCUCUUUACUCGGGGAUGCGGUCCUUCGACCACCUGACCUUCCCCUUCGCCGCCAAGGCCUGCGGCGGGCUCCGCCUCAGCCGCCAUGGGCGUGCCGUGCACUGUCGCGCGCUCGCCGCUGGCUUCGGUGAUGACACAUACGUGCAGAAUGCACUAAUUUCCAUGUACAUGGGCUGUGGUGAUGUUGCCGCAGCGGAAGCGGUGUUUUGCGCGAUGCAGAACCGUACAGUUGUUUCAUGGAAUGCGGUGAUUGCUGGUUGCGUCAAGAAUGACUGCGCAGAAAGGGCAUUAGAGGUGUUUGGCGAGAUGGCUGGUGAUGGUACGGAGAUAGACCGUGCCACCGUUGUGUCUGUACUGCCAGCUUGUGCGCAAGCCAAGAACUUGAGCAUUGGGAGAGCUGUGCACCAGUUGGUUGAGGAGAGAGGCUUGGCGGACUAUGCUGCGGUUAAGAAUGCCUUGAUCGAUAUGUACGGGAAGUGUCGGAACUUGGAGGGUGCACGAAAGGUGUUUGAUGACCAUAAGUAUGAUAAGGAUGUCGUUUCUUGGACGGUGAUGAUUGGCGCGUAUGUGUUGAAUGACCAUGUGGAGGAGGCCUUUGCUCUUGGUCAUGAAAUGCUGAUGACCAGUGGUGCACCAUGGCCCAAUGGAGUGACCAUGGCGUAUCUGCUUUCAGCUUGUUCUAGACUGUCAGGGAGGCAUGCCAAGUGCAUGCAUGCAAUGUGCAUUAGACUUGGGCUUGAAUCAGACAUCAUUGUUGAGACUGCACUUAUGGAUGCUUAUGCGAAGUGCCAUAAUAUGAAGAUGAUGGAGUUGACACUUGAGAAUGGUUCACGGCGGACAGAAACCUGGAAUGCAACUAUCUCUGGUUAUACUCACAAUGAACAGGAGAAGAAAGCUAUAGAAUUGUUGAAGCGAAUGAUUGCAGAAUCGGCACGCCCAGACUCUGCAACAAUGGCAAGCAUCCUCCCAGCAUAUGCAGAAUCUGCGGACGUGAGACAAGCAACAAAUAUCCACUGUUACUUGCUGACUCUCGGAUUUCUUCGGAGCACAGAGAUCACUACAGGUUUAAUCAAUGUGUAUGCUAAGGCAGGUGACUUGGAUGUGUCAUGGUCACUCUUCGACGGGCUACCUGAAAAGGAUGUUGUUGCCUGGACCACCGUCAUCGCCGGGUACGGUAUGCACGGACAAGCCCAAACUUCCAUCCUACUAUACAACAGGAUGGUGCAGUUGGGGGUGAAGCCGAACACCGUGACCUUUGCCUCCUUGCUGUACGCUUGUAGCCAUGUCGGCAUGGUGGAUGAAGGCCUUCAACUGUUUGAGGACAUGCGUGGCAUUCAUGGCGUGAUGCCAAACGCCGAUCACUACUCGUCCCUGGUUGACAUGGUAGGGCGUGCCGGGAGGAUCGAGGAGGCCUACCGCCUCAUUGAAGAUAUGCCACUUGAGCCGAGUACAUCGGUAUGGGGUGCUCUGCUUGGUGCUUGUGUUCUACACAAGAAUGUGAAGUUUGGGGAGGUUGCAGCGAAGCAUCUCUUUGAGCUUGAGCCGAAGAACACAGGGAACCACGUGCUUCUUGGGAACAUAUAUGCUGCAGCUGACAGAUGGAGCGAUGUUCAGGAUGUCCGGAGAAGGAUGGCUGAGAAGGGUCUAAGCAAAGAAUCGGGAUCUAGUUUGGUUGAGUCAAGGUCUGUACAUGCACUAUGCUGAACAACAAUCUGACAGAAAUUAAGCCUUGUACUUCUAUAAGCUAGACCAAAGCGAUUCUUCUUUGAUUGUAUAUAUACCAGCAGUUGGGAAACUUGCAUUAAAAUUCUCUGAAGCUAGUGAGUACGUACUCUUCACUUUGUAAACAGGAGAAAUUAGAGCAGAGGCACAUGUCAAAUAUACAUGACACGGUAAAAGACAGAGUAAAUA